AUGAUCGGUGCUAUCAAUUAUCUACCGCGUAUGAACAAAAAUUUAAUCAUUCAAAAUUCAGUCAAUGUUAAGUUCACUAUAAGAAAUGUUACCAAUUCUCAAAUAAAUAUCACUGCAAUCGCCACCACCGCUGCAUAUAGAUCAUUCGAAAACUUUAUUUGUGACGAGAAGAAAAUUAAUCGGUUUACAGUUUCGUCUACAACAUCAGCCAAUGAUUCAUUUGAUGUAUAUCGAAAAACUACUUUAGAAAAAUAUUGCGAUAUUGUACCUAUUCCACGACGUGAUUGGUCACCACCAAAGUCUUACACUGAAAAGGAUGUUGCGUUUGUUAUAUUUACGGCUGCUGCAUUUUUUCAUACACGAGCAACAGCAACACGUGAUACAUGGCUUUCACGUAUAACAAAUUAUUAUUUUCUUAGCGCAACUCCGUAUCCACAUUUACCUGUAACUGUUGUUCCUGGUGCUGGCGAAGAUAAAUUGUCGAAUAUGAAAAAGCUUUUCUAUGGCCUACAAAUCAUCUAUAAACAACAAAUGAAUCGUACUUCCGAUGAACGACAAAAAUGGUUUUAUAUAGCUGGUUGUGAUACAUUUAUCCUUCCACAUCAUUUACUUAAACGACUUGAUGGCUUAGAUUAUAGACAGCCGAUUCGUGUUGGUGGUCAUUGGGGUUAUUGUGAUUGCCCAGGACCCAAUGGAACAAGAUUUAGAGGUGAAUUUCCAUCAGGUGGUGCGGGAUUCUUUUUUAGUAUGAAAUUACUUGAAAUAUUACAACCACAUUUAACUAAUUAUGUUGAAAAUGUUUGGCCUCGUGGUUCCGAAAUAUCUGAUGUUGCACUUUCUUGUCUUGCUCAUCAGCUCGGCGUUGGUUUAACUAAACAAGUCGGCUUUUGGGCACAUUCACCAGCAUUUACAUUAGGUGAAAAUGGACGCUCUAGAUUUCAUAAAGAACCUGAGCCAAAUGAUUUUCAUUAUAUUAAACCUGAUGAAAUGUAUGCACUUGAUGAAUUUUAUGUUCAUCAACAUAUGGAUAGAUUAAUAAAUGAUCAAAAUUGGCAUGAAUUCACUCGAUUUAUGCGACGUUUUGUGGCUAGUCAUUAUGAACUGUUGAGGAAAAAAAGGCGUGAAUGCAUUUUGCCAAGUAUAGGAGCUGAAGUAAAAUUAUGA